AUGGUCACAAAGCUGCGGCAAGCGGAUGUGGAGGGAACAGACGCUUCCUCAACUGAAAGCGCCUCGAUCAUCGAGAACGUACAAGGACAAGAUCGAAUCCGGAGCUACAACUCCGGAGAAUGCGACUUCAAGGGCGGCACAUACCUCAGAAGGCAGCACAGAGUUGGGUUUGUCUGUGGGCGAUGUUGUCAAACUGUCGCCCAUGGCUGGAUCCAAGGCUAA